AUGUCCGACAUUGAAAAGCAGGUCACACAGUUAGGCGACGAGCUGACAUCAGAGUCACAGCGUAUCCGGGAUAGCACUGCAACAUACCCCAGUUCUGCACCUGUCGAAAGCAUCGAUGGGCACACCGAAGAAUCAUCCUCCAGCGAAAUAACCCAUGACAGUACCAAAGCCUACCUGACGAUUUUUGGUGCUUUCCUGGCCCUUUUCUGCACAUUUGGGCAAAUGAACGCUUUCGGAACGUUUCAAGCGUGGUACACCACACACCAACUGAACACGCUCGAUGCCUCCACUAUAUCGUGGAUCGGUUCUUUACAGCUUUGGGUGUUCUUUUUCUCGGGAGGUCCUAUAGGAUACAUUUUCGACAAAUAUGGACCGCGAAUGUUGAUGAUGGUCGGCACGAUAUGCUAUGUACUAAGUAUAAUGAUGACCAGCAUAUCCACGCAAUACUAUCAGUAUAUAUUGUCGCAAGGUGUUCUGUUUGGGCUGGGAGUUGGUUUAUUAUUUUACCCUUCUCUGUCAAGCGUCUCAACACACUUUGCUACGUACCGCGCUACUGCCACGGGAUUGGCUGUGGCGGGAUCAGGUCUAGGUGGAGUAGUGUUCCCCAUUAUGCUCCAGAAUCUGUUCGAAGGUGUCGGGUUCGGCUGGGCUACUCGCAUCUCAGGCCUUCUCUGUGGCGUACUUUGCGGGAUCGCAGUCCUUACUGUGACGACAAGCACUUCGACCAAGAAAGCCCCGGCGCAGCUCGCCGGGCUCAAGUGUCUGAAGGAACCUCGAUACAUGCUUUUAGCUGCUGGUGGAAGUUUGGUGGCACUCGGCUGUUUUGUCCCAUACUUCUAUGUUGUCGACUAUGCACAAAGCCUGGGCAUCUCUUCGCAUAUGGCAUUUGUUGUGCUAGCACUUAUGAACGCCGGAGGAGUUUUUGGCCGUGUUGCCCCUGCAAUUCUUUCCGACAGCAUCGGUAGAUUCAACCUCCUCGCACCCACCUCCUUCCUUGCAGGUUUAUUGAUUCUGAUCUCUUGGAUGUUUGCGCGCACAUUGUCGACGCUCAUCGUAUUUUCCAUCCUCUAUGGUUUCUUUUCCGGGGCCUUCAUAUCUGUGAUCACGCCAUGCGUAGCUCAAAUAUCGGAUAUACGAGAGAUUGGGAUGAGGAUUGGGCUUAUGUACAGCAUCAUUUCGUUCCCGGCCCUCAUAGGUGGACCAGUAGCUGGACUAAUACUGGGCUUCAACCACGGGUCCUACAACGGGAUGAUCAUUUUUUCUGGCACGACAAUGGUUGCAGGCUCCCUGCUCAUUUUCGGAGUCAAAUUUCUGAUAAAUCCAAUUUUACUCGCCCGAGUAUGA